CAACAACACUAAACAUUCACGAUAAGGCAAAGUAUUAAAAAUAAUUGUGAAUGAUAGACUUAUUGGAGGAAUUUUCAUUUCAUAUUCAAGUGCUGAGGAAUUUCUGAUUGGAAUUUUUUGUGUUGUCUUUUGCUCUUUUUUUGACUGUUUGCCAUCUCGAUUUCUGCAAAAAGUUGACGGCACGUGCAUUACCUUUUCGGGUGUUCCAUUGUAUUUUACGGGUGCAGUUGUUUGUUUUCAUCAAUAAAGUGUGUGUAAUAACAAACAAAGCUUGCUAAAAAUUUGUGAAUCAGUUAAAAUAGUGAAUUCAAGCAUAAAGUGUAACUGUAAUAUAAGGUGUAAAGAUGGGAAAGAAUAACAAAAAUAAAAAUAAUAAAUCGGCCAGCAAUAAGAAUCAGUCUGCAGCCAAUGUCAUCGCCCACGCACACGCUGCACAGUCAUCUACGAAACCACAGCAACAACAACAGGCGCCAAUUAAACGACCCACGCUGACUCUGCAAAAGCACAACGAAUUGAGCUCACUUAUCAAUGCAUUGCUCGAAAUAGGUUUUAAGCAGCCCGCAAACCCAAAAGAAGAAUGGGAGCAAUAUUUAGAAAUCCAAACACUGUUGCAUCGUGUGCAAAUACUUGAAACGCCUUUGCGCCGCCCCACCUGCAAUCAAACUACAGAAGCGCGUUUGGCUAACAUUGAAAAUUUCUAUCGUUGGGCCACUGAAAAUGGUUUGCGUUUUGAUGGUGUGCGUAUAGCACAAUUUCAAGGCUACGAAUUAGGCUUAGAGGCCACACGCGAUAUAGCCGAAGAGGAAGUGCUAUUUAGUAUACCGCGCAAGCUUAUACUCUCCGAGGAGAAUAUGGAUUUAGAAUAUAGUCCAACGCAAUUCGGUUCGAUGUCGAAUCUAAAACUAUCGUAUGUAUUAAUGUUGGAGGCAUUGAAACCGGAUAGCUUUUGGAAACCCUAUAUCGAUUUGCUGCCGGAGAAGUAUAAUACUGUACUAUAUUUCACAACCAAAGAAAUGGAGAUGCUGCGUGGCUCAAAUGCUUUAACUGCGGCACUUCGUCAGUGCAAAGCGAUUGCGCGUCAAUAUGCGUUCCUCUACAACUGCACCGUGAAGGCACCGCGUGCAGAUAAAUUCAACUCAAUUGGACAGACGUUUAAGGAGCAGUUCAACUAUGAUUUGUAUCGCUGGGCCGUCUCCACUGUCAUGACGCGUGAGAACUUAGUGCCACGCUCACGUCCCGCGCGUAGUGGCGUUGAUGAUGCUAGUCAAGAGAGCGAAACAAUCGCAGCGCUCAUACCCUUCUGGGAUAUGGCCAAUCAUCGCCAGGGACAUGUCACCUCCUUCUUUAAUAUCGAAACACAGGAGAUGGAGAGCUCUGCUCAGUCUAGUUUUAAAGCUGGCGAACAAAUCUUCAUACAUUACGGCAAUCGUUCUAAUGCUGAUCUCAUGAUACAUAACGGCUUUAUCAACCCGACCAAUCCGAAGGACUAUGUCUGCAUCAAACUCGGCCUUGGCUCAACCGAUCCACUGCUCGAAAAACGCGUCCAAUUGUUGCUAAUGAUGCAGAUAUCAAAGAAUACCGACUUGCAAGUACUGCCACCACCCAAAUACAUUUCAUCCGAACUGCUGGCGUUCGUGCGCGUCUUCAACAUGAACGCACAACAGCUGGAACACUGGAUUAACUCAGAACGUGCCAUGGAUCUGUUACACAUCGACUGCGCGCUCGAGACGACGCUCGAAUCGAGGACUUGGCAAUACUUGCAGACACGUCUCAUGCUAUUGCUGCGCGUCUUUCCCACCACGCUGGAGGUGGAUGAAGAGCAGCUGGCCGCAUACAAGAAGGGCGAACUGUAUCUCUGCUAUGUCGAGGCGAUGGUGCUGGAGUAUCGCGUGCUGGAGAAACGCGUCUUAGCGGCAGCGCUCGAUUAUGCCAAGCAGCGCGUAAAAACUUAAGUGACAUGUGAAGUGUGCAACAAAGGCGGACGAGCUGGAGUGAGACAAAUAAAAUUCAUGCAAAUUUUUGUGGCCAUUUAAACGUACAUAUAAUGCUCAGCGAAUUUGUAUACCUUACAAAUAUUUAUAUUUUUAAAUUUUGUUUUUUAAUUGAAGUUUUAGUUUUAAUUUAGUAAUAUUAAGUUAUAUAUAAUAAUUUGUGUAAGUUUGCAUUUCGUUGACUGAUUAAUUCACUUUUUUUUAUAAGUUUUUUACGCUUAAUUUUAUUAUUUCGUUUUUGAAAUCUUUUUCUAUUAUUUAAAAAUAAAAAUUAUAUAGAAUUUUGCUUUUAAAAGUGAAAAUAAAUUUUAAAUUAAUUUUUGCAAAAAAUUUUUAAUAUUGAAAGCUAAUAUGCUAUAGUUCUUAAAACUAAUAUGCUCAUUUUCAAUCAAAUAAUUUUGCUGAAGAAACUUAUUAUUUUGUUUUUGAAAAAUAUAGUUUUCAAAUAAUAAAGUAAUAUACAAGUAUAUUUUGAAAAAUUAAAACUUUCUGUUAAUAAUAUGUUAAAUUUAUAAAAAAGAUAUAAAAAUUAAAUUGUGUAAAAAUUUUUUUAUAUUAACAAAUUUAUACUUUUUUUUUUGAAAAUUAAAAAAAUUAUAAAUUUUUUUCUGAAAGUUUUUUUUUUAUAUACAUAUAUUAAUUAAUUUUUCGAAAACAUUUUUUUAUUCAAGAAUUUGAAAAUAUAAAUAAUUUAAUAAGAAAUAUUAGAAAAACAGAAAAAAAAUUUAUUUUCUUCAAUAAAAUUAUUAACACCAAAUAUUAUGAAAUAAAGUAGCCACUUUUUUAUUACAAAAUAAAUUUUGGUUAAAUGUAUUAAAAUAGUAUAUGUUUGGUUCAAAUUACACAUUUUUAAUAAAAUGUUGAUUUUUUUUUGUUUUUAAUGGAAACUAAUUUUAUUUUUAAUUUCAAUUUAAAAUAUUUUGUCCAAUAAAUAUUUUGAUAUCAGUUUAAAUUUUCAAUCAAUUUAAAUUUUUCAUUAAAAUGCUGAAGUUAAAUUUUUGAGAAAUAAAUCAUUAUAACAGUAAAUGCUUUUAAUAACUUGCUUCAAGCCCUACUAACACAAAUAGUGUCCCAUUGAAUGUAUUAUCUGUAAGAUAGAACUAGUUAAAUAUCCUUCUAUGCCAAAAAGUCAGAAAAACUAUUUAAAAAAAAAAAUCAAAUAUUUUAAUAAAACGAAAAUUUAUUUAUUUUUGCAUUGUUUUGAAAA